CUUCAAUGCGAGUCGGCCGGCAGGAAGCACAAAUUUACCAAAUGACAGGAAGCUUUUUGAAAUAACAAAUAACGCUAUAAAAUCCAGAGUGAGCCUCAGCCGGGACGUAGACGAACCAGCCCGCCGACAUUGGGAAUAAACCGAGCUCUUAAUUUCAUCCCCAUCCUGGUAUCAGACGGACUCGUUCGCCUCCUGCCGUACUCGCCCAUAAAGUAAGCAGUUGUCUGGCAGAUGGAGAAACAGGCCGGAGCUGCCGGAGCGGCGGACGGAGCACUGCCGAACAGAAAGCCCUGGGCCCCCCCGACUUGCGCACCGGCUUCGGGUGAUACCCUGGAAAGUCCAACAGGUUGCCAUGUUGAGUGGUGUAAACAGCUGAUAGCAGCCACCAUCUCCAGUCAGAUCUCAGGAUCAGUCCCAUCUGACAUUGCCAGGGACAACAAGGCUAGGAGAAGACCAGUUCUCAUGCAAGAUUCACAAGAGGAAGGGCUUUGUUACCAUGGAGAUAUCUAUUCUGAGCAUCCUUCCAAUGCUUUGAACCUUCCGGCUUUGAGAUACGGGGCGCAGGUCACAAUGUUCCAGAAUCAGGUUCCUCUGCUCCCAGGAGAGACUGUCCAGACGACCGUGAAGGAUGUGAUGUACAUCUGUCCCUUCAGUGGUCCGGUUAAUGGAACCCUAACCAUCACAGACUACAAGCUCUACUUCACCAGCGUGGAACGGGAGUCUCCGUUUGUUCUCGACGUGAACCUGGGAGUCAUCAGCAGACUGGAGACCAUCAGUGUUCCCAACCAGGGAGAGAACACCAAAGGACUGGAGCUGGUGUGCAAGGACAUGAGGAGUCCCAGGUUCGCCUACAAGACGGAGGAAAGCCAUCCGGACGUGGUGGAGCUACUGUCCAAACAUGCCUUCCCCCUCUCCCACAGUCUGCCGCUGUUUGCCUUCCUGUACAAGGAGCAGUUCCCCGUGGACGGAUGGAAGGUGUACGAGCCAACGGCAGAGUACAGACGUCUGGGUCUCCCUAAUGAGAGCUGGGCCUUUAGCAAGAUGAACAGCAACUACGAGCUGUGUGACACGUAUCCCUCCAUCCUGGUCAUCCCCACCCACAUCGCAGAGGACGACGUGAGGCGAGUGGCUGUGUUCAGAGCCAAGCAUCGCAUACCGGUCCUGUCCUGGAUCCAUCCAGAGACUCAGGCCACCAUCGUACGCUGCAGCCAGCCGUUAGUCGGCCCAUCGGACCGCCGCUGCAAAGAGGACGAGCGCUUCCUCCAAAUAAUUAUGGACGCCAACGCCCAGUCCCACAAGCUCACCAUCUUUGACGCCCGCCAAAGCAGCGUGGCGGUCACCAACAAGGCAAAGGACGGAGGGUAUGAGAGUGAAAGUGUCUACUCAAACGUGGAGCUGAAUUUCCUGGAGAUCCCUAACAUCCACGUGAUGAGAGAGUCUCUGAGGAAGAUGAAGGACGUGGUUUACCCCACCAUUGACGAAGCCCACUGGCACUCGGCUAUCGACCAGACGCACUGGCUGGAAUACAUCCGGCUGUUGUUAGCAGGAGCAGCAAAGAUAGCCGAGAAGCUGGAGUCGGGGAAGACGUCGGUGGUGGUGCACUGCAGCGACGGCUGGGACCGGACCUCUCAGCUCACCUCUCUGGCCAUGCUGAUGCUGGACAGUCACUACCGCACGCUGCGCGGGUUCCAGGUUCUGGUGGAGAAGGAGUGGGUCAGCUUCGGACACAAGUUUGCCGCUCGCGUGGGUCACGGCGAUGAGAACCACGCUAACUCGGAGCGCUCGCCUCUCUUCGUCCAGUUUAUCGACUGCGUUUGGCAGAUGACUCGACAGUUCCCAGCAGCCUUUGAGUUCAACGAGCUGUUCCUGAUCACGGUGCUGGACCACCUCUACAGUUGUCUGUUUGGUACAUUCCUGUACAGCAGCGAGCAGGAGAGGGCGGCUAAGGAAGUGCAGACCAGCACGGUGUCACUGUGGUCCUACAUUAACAGCCAGCCGGAGGACUUCACCAACCCUUUCUACGUGGACUAUGAGCACCACGUCCUGUGCCCGCUGGUUUCCUCCAGACACCUGGAGCUGUGGACAGGCUACUACGCCCGCUGGAACCCGCGCAUGAGACCACAGGUGCCGGUGCACCAGACGCUGAAGGAGCUUCUGUUCUUAAAAGCAGAGCUCCAGAGGAGGGUGGAGGAGCUGAAGAGAGACGCCACCUCCCGCUCCUCGUCUUCCUUCUCUGAACACUCCCCUUCACACAUCGCAGGAACUCCUCUGCAUUCUGCUGUCUGACAAAUACACACACACACACACACACACACACAGUUUAAUGUGUGUUUCAGCUCAAUUACUAAAAGGUGAUGUUUACAAUGGGAAUGAGGCUUUACAAAAAUAUUUACAAUAUUUUAAUCAUCUUAAAUACAAUUUUAGCAAAGUAAAAUACCCUUACCAGAUGUAUUUUGAGUUUAAAAAGUAUUUAAAGAAAGUAUUAAGUCUGUAUGGAGCCAUUAAAGGGAUGAUAGAGAAUAAGGACAGAAAUAUGAAGACAGGAUAGUGCAUAUGAUGAUUUAACAAACCACAAACACAAAACAAUAAUUAAAUUAUUUGUAUUAACUAAAGCUCCAGAGCUACCGAGUGCUCCCGUAUGUUAGUUGGCUACCUACCUACAGACAAUUCAGUGCCCCAUAUCUUUAUUUUCCAAAUGAGAGGACGCAGCUGAUUCUUCUGUAGUCCCCUUAAAAGGCUCCGUAGAAAUGAGCCAGAUGGAAAGCUGUGCUUGUUUUUUCAUAUUAUUGAGAAAAGAAAUCUCAAAAUUGUGGAAGGCCAGCGUCGCAGGUCCUGCAGGAAUCUCCCACUCCACUCUCCCUGUCUGAGGGGCCACUGAGAGCUGAAUUUACACCACAUGCAGGUUCGCUCACACUUUCUCCUCCUUCUCUUAGUCAUGUGACUGAUGCCACAGUUCUCUCCAAAGUCACAUUUUUUAGGUGGAAGAACUUCAUAUAAAUAGCAUAUUUUUGAAUCCCAGUCCUGGCAUCGAUAUCCCUCACCUGCUGCUUGUUUUCUGUUUUUGUAUAUAAAAGUUGCCUUUUUUUAAAAAUUUAAUUUAUCUUUGCCUUUUCUUGUGUCAACCCUGUCACAAGGAACACUGGUACACCCCCCCCCCCCCACCACCACCACUGUAACAACUUUGUCUUUUACUGUAAAUCAUUCAACAAAUGAGCCAAUCUGCAGACAUGUAGAGCAGCCCAGCUUUUUUCUAUUUACACACUCUACCUGUGGCAUGCAAUCCAGCAAAUCUUUUUUGUACGUAAUGUGUCUAACUAAGACAGGCUGAAACUCUUAAAUGAGCCAUAAUCACUUCUGACAUUCCAUUUAAAAAAAUAAUAAAAAGGGAAGAAUUCAAAUCUCCA